GCUAUUGAAAGUGCCGACGGUAUUGGGAUCCCUUUAACCCCAUUUAAGCGACAUGUCACAAUUUCUCAAUUUAAUGACAUGUCGUUAAUCUGAUUUAGAAAGGUCACUUCAACUUGUCAUUUGCCAUCGCUCGCAUCGGCAACGGCAGCAACUGAAUCACCUGAAUGACCGUAACUACAGUAAUCACUGCUGUUCUGUCGCUCCAGCUUGAGUUGUUGACGUUGGGCUUGCUUCUCGACAAGACGCACAUGGAGAUUGUGCAGCAACAUAACGUCCUGAUUGCAAAGCUCCGACGUCUCGUGCGAGGCUUCAGGCUCUUACAGCAUGAAAUUGAAGUGAAUGACGAUAAUGCUGGGCGACGCCGACGUGGCGAACGGUCUUAUGAACUGCUAAAUGACCAGUUCAUCGAGACUGAGGCGGAUAUCGCGCGCGUUUGCCUUCGACGUCGCCAGUUCGAGAACCAAAUGCUGCUCAUCUUAAUGAUCUCGUGACACAUCUUCGAAGCCUAAUAGAGUCGAUGGAGCGCUAGUGCUUCGAGAACGAACUGCGCGCGAGACCAACACGUCGAUGUGUGGUGGACUGGUCGUAGCAGUUUUAAGUUUAAGCAAAUGAAGUGAGAUAUUAAAAUGCCUA